GCCUGGGGCCCAGCGCUCUCUAAACCAUGUACAGUCGCAGUACGCUGCUGGGCUCGGGGCUCGGCUCCUCCUCCGCCUCCCGCCCGGCCCGGGACCCUUCUGGGCAGCGUCGUGAGCUGGACCCGCUGCAAAGCCCGGGGCAAAGUUUGGAGAAGACUUCCGAGAGCCCUUCGCGGGAGGGACUGGAGCACGCGGGCCAGAGACUAGUAGGUGCAUACACCUUGAUUGCACCAAAUGAAAACCGAAGAAAUCAGAUUCAAAGGAUUGCUGAGAAAGAGCUAGAGAACCUGGCAAAGUGGAAGGAGCAACAGAGAGCAAAGCCAGUUCACCUGGUGCCAAGGCGGCUAGGUGGAAGUGAGUCAGAGGCUGAAGUCAGGCAGAAGCAACAACUCCAGCUGAUGCAAUCUAAAUACCAGCAAAAGCUAAAAAGAGAAGAAGCUAUAAGAAUCAAGAAGGAAGCUGAAGAAGCCGAAAUCCAAAAAAUGAAGGCAAUUCAGAGGCAGAAGAGUGAAAAACUAGAGGAGAAAAAAAGACUUCAAGAAAACCUCAGAAGAGAAGCAUUUAGAGAGCAUCAGCAUUACAAAACUGCUGAGUUCUUGAGCAGACUGGAGACAGAGUCGCCAAGCAGAAGUACCUGUCAAGCUGCUCGUCAUGACCCACCAUCUUCAGCUUGGGCCAGAAGCCAGGCUUAUAAGUAUUCUCUAAGGGAAGAAGAAAAUAAAAAAUUACAAAAGAUGAAGGAAGAACAACAUCAGAAGAGUGAAUUAUUGGAAUUUAAGCGACAGCAACAGGAGGAAGAAAGAACCAGAACCCAUCAGGCUGAGCACAGGAGGGUAAAUAAUGCUUUCCUAGACCGACUCCAAGUCAAAAGUCAACCAGGUGGCCUGGAGCACUUUAGAAGCUCUUGGACUAUGAAUAGUGGUAACAGCUCGGAUAUAUAAGAAAUGUUUACUUACACCUGGUCUUUGUCAACUGACCUUGAAAACCCCUAUGAGAUACUUUUUUUAAAUGCAAUUUUGUUCACCCUCACUGCUUUCACCUUGACUUCAACUGACCACCCACACAGCUGGCUGAGCAGCUUGGUAUGGCAGGUUUCUCCCUGUCAUUAUUGAAGCAUGUUUGCAGAAGCUGAUUACUGAACUCAUGUUUAAUCUCUAUUGCCAGUGAAAUGUUACAGUAUUUUUCCAAUUAGUUUUUGCCUGUUAUUGGAAGUAUAAUUACGGCAAUAUUAGUAAGAUAGAAAAUGAGAGAAUUGUUUGAUGCUUUCAGGUUAGUGAGAUCUAUGAGUGCUGCAUGUGUGUCUCUCUAAGCAGUUAAUUCUCAGAUCAGAUU